UCGGCCAAGAUUCCUUCAAACUCUCCUCAUGCUUUGAAUCCAAAAGGAAGGAAAGUAAAUGAUCCAAGCUUUCACAGAUACAUAUAUCAUCUUUCGCAAUAUGAUCGUCCAAGCAGAUCUUGUUUCUUGUAGCAGAUAAAGCAAGGCGGCGUUGGCAUGUUCUCUAGUCUUAUCCUCUCACAGGAUAACAAGGACGAAACCAUGGUUUUGCUGCAUAUAAAUACCAGCGAGAUGGAUCCACAUGAACUACCAGAGUUGCAGCCUCUCAUGGCGAUCAAAGUACACGCCGUCGGCGAGCGGCGAGAUGUCGGCGGAGGAGUUCAGGGAACGGCUGAAGAGGUUCGAUGGCGGUUAGGAUGGCUGCAACAAGUUACCGGAUAAAUUAGAAGGCAUACCCAUUAUAUCUAUAUAUAUAUAUAUAUAUAUAUAUACUCGAUUGGAAGAAGUUGGUCGCCAAAUCGCGAAGGCAUGCGCUUGUUCCGCCGCUUGCUCGCUCCUCAUUUCCGCUACUACUGCGCCCGCACCAACAAGAGCAGGCCUUUCGCCGACCUCGUUUUCCCCCGCCAACCCUCCCAAGAUCCCACCUUUACACCGCAAAACCCUCCGCCCACAGUCUCCGAGGUCUGCAAUCUGAUCUCCCAGACCUACGAAGACGGCAACCAGAAACUCCGGUCCCUGCAUGUCGACCUCACAGAUGAGCAGGCGGUGGCCGCCGUUGCCCUCCUCGCGGAGACGGAGGGAUCCAUGGUGGCUUUCAGCUUCUUCCGCUGGGCGGUCGCCCGGCCCCAGUUCAGGCAUUUCUUGCGGUUCUACGUCACGGCCGCGUGCUCCUUGGUCGACCUCGGUAACUUGGAGAAGGCGCAGGAGGUCAUGAGCUGCAUGGCUGUGAGUUUUUCCGAGGUUGGCAGGCUGAAGGAGGCCGUCGACAUGGUUUUCGAGAUGCGCAGCCAGGGGCUGCCCAUCAGCAUCCACACCAUGAAUUUGGUUCUUAGGGUGGCGGUUGGUUCGGGCUUGAUUGAAUAUGCGGAGCAGCUGUUUGCUGAAAUGCCGGCGAAUGGAACGUAUCCCAAUUCGUGCAGUUUCAAGACGAUGAUCGCCGCUUAUUGCAGGCAGGGCCGCGUUUCUGAUGUGGAGAGGCUGUUGAGGACGGUGGAGGAGAGAGGUCAUGGAAUCGAUAACGUUACAUGCACGCUGGUGGUGGAUGCAUUUUGCAAGAAGGGUUGCGUCAGUUGGGUCUUCAGGUUCUUCCGCAAGAUGCUGGAGAUCGGUCUGUCUCCGAAUGUGAUCAAUUACACGACUCUGAUUGAUGCGCUGUGCAAGAGGGGCAGCGUGAAGCAGGGAUUUCAGGUGCUUGAGGAAAUGGUGGGGAGGGGGUUAAAGCCGAAUGUUUAUACACACACAGCCUUGAUUGAUGGGCUUUGCAAGAUUGGAUGGACUGAUCGGGCUUUCAGGUUGUUCCUGAAGCUUGUGCGGAGCAACUCAUACAAGCCGAAUGUUUGCACAUACACAGCCAUGAUCAGAGGUUACUGCAAGGAGAGCAAGCUUAAUCGGGCAGAAAUGUUGCUGACGAGAAUGCGGGAGCAGGGUUUGACACCCAACACCAACACCUAUACCACUCUGAUUGAUGGACACUGUAAAGCUGGGAAUCUGGAGCGGGCUUAUGAAUUGAAGGAUCAAAUGACCAGUGACAGUUGUCUUCCAAAUAUUUGCACAUAUAAUGCUGUUAUCCAUGGGCUCUGCAAAAAGGGAAGGAUUCAAGAGGCUUAUAGAUUGCUUCAAGAGGCUUCAAACAAGGGGUUGCAGAUGGAUAAAUUUACAUAUACUAUUCUUAUAAGUGAGCAUUGCAAGCGAGACGACUCUUCUCGAGCUAUGGAAUUAUUUGAUGAGAUGGUUGACGCAGGCUGCCAUCCAGAUAUUCACACAUAUACCACCUUAAUUGCUGCAUUUUGCAAGCAAAGGAACAUGGUAGAGAGCGAGAGGUUGUUUGAAAGAUGUCUCAAGUUAGAGUUAGUUCCUACAAAACAAACAUAUACAUCGAUGAUCGGUGGGUAUUGUAGGGUUGGAAAAGUAACUUCUGCUUUGAGGGUUUUUGAGAAGAUGAUCCAGCAUGGAUGUUCAGCUGAUGCAAUAACAUAUGGUGCUUUGGUCAGUGGUCUCUGCAAAGAGUCUAGGCUGGAUGAGGCGAGGGCAUUAUAUGAGGCCAUGUUAGACAAAGGUCUGGUUCCCUGUGAAGUUAGUCGCAUUACAUUGGCUUAUGAAUAUUGCAAGAGGCAAAAAUCAAACAUUGCAUUAUCACUAUUGGAGAGGCUAGACAAAAAACAAUGGACUCGCACAGCCAAUAUCUUAGUUAGGAAGCUCGGCUUUGAGGGACACGUAGAUGCAGCAGGCAUGUUCAUCAACAAAUUGUUGGAUGAAGAUCACAGCAUUGACCGCAUAACCUAUGCUGCAUUUAUAAAUGCAUGCUAUGAGAACAAUAGGUAUUCGACUGCAUCAGAACUUUCUGAGAGGAUUUCAAAGGGAGCACUUAGCUUUGUUAAGGACAACAGCACCAUAACUUAAGCAGGACAUAAUACUUGAGCAACAAGUUGAAAAGAUUGCCUAUGUUCCUCAUAAAGCUCAAUGCGAUGAUUGGCAAAUUCUGUCCGAUGAGUCAGAGAAAUGUCAGCAAGUUUCUGAUAUUUAAAUAAUCAACAGCUCAUGUGUAGAUCGGUAUUCAUGUUCUAAGUGGCCAUGCACUUCUUGUGAUGAAAACCAUUCCAUGACAGAAUCUCACUGGGACAGGGCAUGGUUAAGGCUAUUUUUGUGACUCACCAACUUUGUAUGAGUUCAAAUGCAAUUAAGGUUGGGAUUCUGGCAGAUCUGCACAUUUGCUGUUGGGUAUGUAAAGUGGAAUGUGGUUCUCUUUCCGGUAAAAUGGUUUAGUGGUCUCUGCAGGUUUUGAAAGAUUAGCUCGUCAGUUUAAUUUUGUGCAUUGCAAUCUACCCGAACUUUACAAACCUUGGGAUAUACAUAUAUAUGAUGUGGCAGAUGACAUAUCAAUGUCUCUCCACCUCAGUUGUGGCAGAUGACACAUCUCCCAAAACCAGAAACUGGAUGCUGUUAGGAGGAUUAGCAAAUAGGGAUCACAUUCUGUUAUCCAUGUGCAAAAGAGGGGUCACACUAGUUUCAUUAUAUGUUGGUGAUGGCGUGAUAUCCAAUAAGAAGGUCGAUAUUUGAGGCUUCCAUGGUUUAUGUGGCAUCCACAUAGAUGAUACAUGAGCAUCAUAUGAGCUGCAUUUUUUUUUAGCAGAAUUCUUGUCUCUGGUGCAAUCUGUGGUUGUAGAGCAACUUUGCUGCAAUUGGUAAGCUUCUGUUCUUGUGUUUUUCGAAAAGAUCUUGUACUGCAAGCUUCAAAAGCUUAUGAAGUGUGCAUCUGGCUGACGAUUGUGCCUUAUAUUCGUGGAACAGCCAUGGUUCAUGGAUGUGUUGGAAAACCUUGAGGAACACGAAUACACACUGAUAUAGUUUUCAUAACAUGGAAAAGCUUGUUCUCCUAUGUGGUUCAUCUUUGUUGAGAAACAUGUUAAAUCUCUCACAAUGCAUCAUUGGUGACUGUAGUACAUGUCAACAAAGUAAGCGAGCAUUGUCUCCUUAAACUGAUGCAGAGAUUGAAGAGAAGAAACUUAGAUUGAGCAAGCAAACACUUCUCGUGAACCAUGUCCAAACUUUCACCAGAUAAUACCCAUACCUUGACUACUUCACAUUCUUUUUAACUCUUUAUUUAUGAUGCCAAUAUGUGACUCAAAGCAGAUGUAAUAGGCUUCUGUAAUUUAAUAAAGCACUUUUUAUCAGACACUGCACCAUGAUAUCAAGGAAAGAAAUGCAAAUAUAUUAUUUUUUAUUGACUUGCUUUUAGUACACCCUUCAUAUGCCAUAGGAUGAUUAAAUAUUCUUCAAAACAUCCUCACACUUGUCUCAGUUAUACCAUAUACUUUUACAGGUAAGCCAUCAAUUGCUUUUAGUCAGCUUUCAUGUUGAUUAUUUGUUAGUUCUAAGUUAGCCAUUUUGGUUAAACCAAUCAAUGACUUAAAUCUUUUUCUCUCAGUUACAUUCUUGUUCUUGUAUAUGCAUAUGAGCUUCAACCCCGAUGAAGUUACAACUAUUUGCCUCUCAUGUACAUUCUAGUACAAGCAUCUUCAGGAACUCAUAAAAUAUCCUAAAUACUCUCCGGCCUUCCUUUAUAAUUAUCCUUAGAUCGGCUUCACUUUUGCAGAUGGAAAUAGUUUUUCACCAAGUCAUUGUGGGAAUUGAAAUCUUAAACAAGGUCCAUGAUGGCAGAGGUGGUUUUGUUUCAAACAUGCCAGGUUCUUAUGGAAGCCUUUGCUUAAAUAAUGUGCUAAUUAUGUCUUACCCGGAAGCAUAACAUGUAUAAGCUUUUGUUGUAUGAUAAAAACACCCUUCUUUGGUAAUUGAUUAUCAACAUCUGGCUUCCCUGUAAUGAACAGUUCCUGAAGUGUGAGCUUAUCUCAAGUUUGAAAUUAGAUUAGUUUGCAGAUGUCAUGGUUUUAGUUCAAAACCACCAAAUUUCCUUUGGGAUUUGUCAUUCUUAUUCUCAUGCCCUCUUAACUUUCCUUUAUGCCCUCCAUUUCUGGCAAGUUAUUCUUUUCUGUAUCUUCUCACACGCCUUAUGGUAAACAAUGACUUACUUCUUCCAGGUAGUGUGAUCGUUUCUGUUGAAACUCUAUGUAUUUGGUGAAUCAUUUGCUAAUUAAGAGAUUAUUUUCUUAAUCAAGAACCCUACAAAAGAUUUCAUCUCAAAGGAAAAGGCAUUCUUUCUUCAUGUUUGUAUCUUUUGCAUUCAAUUUACUCCAUUCUUGAUUCAACAAGCGCUCACAUGAAUCUUGAAUUUUUUCCUUCCACAUUUAUCAGGUGUUCCAAGAUUUGGUGGACAUAAGCUGUUUUCCAAGCUUUUGGCAACGAGAGCCUCAAAUCACUUUUGCAGUCCAAUCCUUAUAUACAUUCCAAAGAUGUCACUGCAGAUAGUGGACUCGUCAUUGUUGCGAAUGAUGACCGUGGAAGGUAAAUGAACAAUAAGGAGGCAGUUGAUGUUUUGUUGCUAGGAAGAUUAAAGAUUCACAAGCAGUGGCAAGGCAAUUAACCACGGAAGCACCGAACAGAGAUAACAAUGUGGUUCGACUAAGGGCAUAAAUACGCUUUGUUUCUAUGACUUGAUGUUGAUUACUGAUUUCCAUCACGGAGAAAAGCCGAGUAGAUUAUUAUACAAAGGCGUACACCCAAGCUGCGUGCUGCCAAACCCAAGCUUUCCAGGUUACAUACAAAUGUUUCCGUUCCCCGUGAGAUGUUGCUGAUUACAGAUAAUUGUUUGAUUCCUAGAAGGCAUUAACUUUUGAGGUUGCCAUUGUUUUCCAGUAGUUUUUCAUCUGCACAGAGACAAGAAUGUCCCAAAAGAAAUAGGAUUUCUACACUCUUUACAGUAAAAGGUUCAUUCAUUGGUAGGACUGCUUGCUGUAUUUUUCCAGUUUGAUCAUUUUAGUUGCAGCUAAAGCUAGAUUGUGCUUUGGUUAUUGCAAGCUUCCUAGAGAGAUUCUUUCAAUCCUUACACUGUAACAGGAUGGAGUAUCAUCAAUCUAUUGUUGAUUACCUGAUAAUGUAUGCACAGGUUAUCAUAUUUCUUCA